AUGGGUUCUACUUUAAGUAAAAGGAAAGACAAGUGUACUCUGUCUGACGCCAGGCGCGCCAGUCGAUUCUCCGCUCGUACCUCCCAGACCUCUAGACGCGAUCACCACUCACAGAAUGAGACUCAUUCACAACCUGUGAUCCAACGAAUCAAAAACGCUUCGUCAUUCAAUCGUCGGCACAGCAUUGAGGCACCCAGACUGAAGAACAGCACCGACUACCCAAACGACGACACCCAGAUAUCUCAGGGCAGUUCAAUAGUAGCCGCGGCUAUCUACACCGCCAUUGGUCUCACGUCAAUCGACAGCGAGUGCCAAAACACCCAAACCUCGUCUCUUCCUCGCACACUCUCAGAAUGGUCACCCGAAAGAAACAAGUACGACAUCGUACCGGAUAUCUUUGUGUCUGACUCAGACCGAUGGGCAACAGACGAGCCCAACCCAUCCAGUCUUAUCUAUCCUGACACCCAAGAUAAGGAAUCAAGACCAACAAGACAAACAAAGGCAAUAUUAGCAAGAGGAGCACCAGGAGGAGCAGCAGGUUCUGAAAUUCCCAAAUUCCCUAGCGAGCGUAUUCUUGUCGACUUGUUUCUUUCUGACGAUCAUGAAAAGGCAAUGCGCAAAGAACGAGACAGGUAA